AUGCCACAGUCAACAUGUGUGAAUCUGAUGGCUGUGCCACACACACACACACACACACACACACACCACCACCACCACCACCACCACCACCACCACCAACCCACAACAAACACAACACAACAGAAGCUCUACUCUCUAGCCUUCCUUCAGAUCGUCCUCCGUUAUUCUUGGGUCGUUUCCUCUUCCCAAUUUCCAGCUGAGUUGGGGUAUAAAACGUGCCAUCUCUCUUCCCGUUCCUCGUAUCAACAACACACUUCCUCCAUCCUCACUCCCAGCUCGAAAGUCCAAUCAUUCGUUACCCAUAUGCAGAUGAAGGUGAAUAUGGCCGUCAAGGCUGCUGGUGAUCUUCACAAUGAGAAGAGAGCCAAGGUUCUCGAGAUCAUCGACAAACUGCGUGAGCUCGGUGUCAGCGAGAGCGUAUCUCUGCCUCAGCUGGUCGUUGUGGGAGAUCAGUCGAGUGGAAAAUCGUCUCUCUUGGAGGGACUGACCGGUCUCUCCUUUCCAGUUGCGAGCGACCUGUGCACUCGCUUCGCUACGCAGAUUGUUCUUCGUCGUACUUCGUCCGAUGAGGCGGGUGCAAAAAUAACUAUCAUCCCUGGUCCAGCUGCUCAGCAAAAUGAGGCCCAGGAAGAGAAGCUCAAAUCCUUCGAGCGAGCUUUGGAGGCCGACAAGUUUGAUAGUGAUGAGUUCGGCAGAGUGUUCGACGAGGCUGCCGAGGCCAUGGGUAUCCCAGGACCUGGAACAACUGACAUUGAAAACAUCGACAAGAGAUUCUCCGACGAUAUUCUCAAGAUCGAGCUGUCCGGCCCGGACCAUCACCACCUUAGUGUGGUUGAUGUUCCCGGUUUGUUCCACAACCCUACGAAGUAUCAGACAGAGGAGGAUAAGGGCAUCAUCCGUGGUUUGAUCCAGAACUACAUCGUCGACAAGCGAACCAUUAUCCUGUUUGUCCCCCCGCCGUAUGCAAAGAAAGUAACUAACCUCGCCUAG